AUGCAAGAGCUGAUCCCAUUUGCAAAAGAAAUGCUGAGCCAGAAGCCCAAUGGGAAAAUGGUCAAGCUGUACAUGCUGGGCAGCGUGCUGGCCUUCUUUGGGGUGGUUAUCGGCUUGGUAGAGACUGUCUGCAGUCCUUUCAUCUCUGAAGGGAAACUGGAGGAAGAGGAAGAGGAAGAAGAGGAGGAGAAAAAGAAAAUGUCCGUUCUGCCACUGACAAAAAGAGAGAAGAAGGUGGAGGUUGUGGUUCAAAAACAGGAGGACGUGAUCCAGGAAAAAGGCAAACAAGUGCUGACUUUAAGGAACUCUGUGAACAGGCAACGUGCCUCAUAG